AUGUUUCAUAAUAAAUAUAAUAAUGAAAUUGUAUUUAUUUACAUGAUAAGUUUAAGUAUUUUAAGUAUUUGCUGUGAGUUUUUUAAACCAGUAGAAGAGGGUAUUAAAGUAAAUGAUAAUGCAGUUAAAGAAAAGGAUAACUUAAUUAAAGAUUCUAAAGAGAAAGAUGAUAAUGUAAAAAAAGAUGAAGCAAUUAAAAGUUUAAAAGAAAUGAGUGUGGAUAAAGGAAGUGAUUUAGAGUGUGAUAAGGAGAUUAAUAAGUCAGAAGAAACUGUAAAAUUUAAUUUAAAUGGACAUCCAGUAACAGCCAAAGUUGAAUUAAGAACAUUAGCAGUUUUAAACUUUAAAGAUGAAAAAGGUAAAGAAGUCUCUACAAAUGAAAAGUCAAUGCCUGAAAUUAUUGAAAUUAAUUCUAAAUCAAAAGAAGGUUUGAAUUCUAAUAACAAAGAUAAUAAGAAAAAAGAAAAGAAAGAUGAUGAUUUAAUUAAAAAUAAAGAAGAUGAUUUAAUUAAAAAUAAAGAAGAUGAUUUAAUUAAUAAAGAAGAUAGUAAGAAGAAGAAAAUAGAAAAUAAAGAUAAUGAUUUAAUUAAUAAUAAAGAAAAUAACAAUAAUAAGAAGAAAGAAGAUGAUUUAAUUGAUAAAGAAAAUAAUAAAAGUUUAAUUAAAAAAGAAAAUAACAAUAAUAAGAAGAAAGAAGAUGAUUUAAUUAAUAAAGAAAAUAAAAAUUUAAUUAAAAAUGAAGAUAAAAUUGAUUUAACAAAAAUUAAUACAAAAGAAGAAGAAAAUUUAAAUAAAGAAAAUGAUAUUAAAAAAAAUCAAUUAGAUGGAAAAGUAAAAGAUAAAAUAGAAGAUUUUAAAGAGAAUGUUCAAGAGAAGCAACAAAAGAAAGCAGAAGAAUCUUAUAAAGAACAAAAGGAAAAAUUAAAUGAAGAAAAAAAGAAUUUAGAAUCAUCAGUAAAAAAAGAAAUUGAUCAAAUGAAAGAUGACUUUGAUAAAAGAAUUAAGAAUGCCGAAACUGAAGUUAAGAAGAAUGCUUUAAAGACAGAAAAGGCGAUGCGUGAAGAUAAAAAGAAAGCAGAAUUGGAAAAGGGUAAGAGUGAAAUUGAUAAUAAGUUAUUACAGUGUGAGUAUGAUUAUAAAAUAAAAGUUGCUAAAUCAGAUGAAGAAAGAGAGAAAUUAAAAAAAGAAUUAUCAGAAAAGAAAGUAAAGAAACUUGAAAGUGAUAUUGAAAAGAAGAAAGAAUUUCAGGUAAAGAAAAUGAGUGAAAAGAUGAAUUUAAAUAAGGAGAUUAGAAAAGCUAAAAUUGAAAAGGAAGAAGAUCCAGAUAAGAAAGAAAUUGCUAAACUUAAUUCUAAAUAUAAAGAAGAUUGUGAUAAGUUAAGUAUAAAAUUAGUACAAGCAAAGAAUUCUGAUGAGAGGAAUAAAAUUAAAGAAGAAUCUGCAGAACGUAAAAAGAAGUAUCAGCAAGAUUUACUUGAACUUAAAAAAAAACAAAAGAAAAACAAGGUUAGUGAGGAAUUUGAUAAAAAAAUUAAAGAGUCAAAAAGUGAUGAAGAGAAGCAGAAACUUAAGGAUGAAAAAGAGAAAAAACUUGCUGAAAUUGAAGAGGCUAAACAACUUAAAGAAGAUUCCUUGUUUGAAGCAGCCAAUGAAUUCCCUUUUUUUAGAAUCAAAUUACCAAACUCAAGUGAAUAUGAAUUUAAUGAUAAUGAUGAAAUUAAAGAAAAAGAAGAUGAUAGAAAAGUUAAAGAAAAGAAACAAACUGAUUCUAACAAUGAUAAAACUGACGAAUUAUCAUCAUUUGGUGAUCUUUUAGGUGUUUUAAAGGAAUUACCAGAAUUUAAAGAAGGAGAUGAAGAUGAGACAGUUUAUUUAGAAGCUGAUAUUAAUUUCCCACAAGAGAAACAAUUAAAAUCUAAACAUUUUAAGAUGUCAGGACAUUUAGGAAUUGAUAAUUAA